UAAAGUCCAUGCUUUGUUUAGAAAUUCUCGCUAUGUCGAAGCGCCCGUCUUAUCCUGAAACCCCGGAAGUGGGUGUUUUGGUCACAGUCGUGCUGUUACCCAUGGGUUAAGCAGCCUAGUUAACGUUCGCUGCUCUUGUCGAGUGUCAAGUGGAGUAAGACGGUACGGCGACAGUCAGCUUGGAUGCAUCUGUAAUCGGAUAACAGUUUUCACGUUUGCAACACAUUGAUUCCAACAUGAGCGGGUUUAAUCGACUGGAUGGACGCACGGCGGCAGGCCACACCAAGAUGCCACACUUUGGGAUAUCCAAACAUGACUUGGAGCGGGAUUCAGGCUUCUCAGACGCCAGCUCUGAGUACCUCAGUGCGGUGGAGGUGACUGACUCAGAAGAUGCAGGGCGGAACGGGUCAGCGGUUGGCCAAGAGCAAACCGGUCAGCAUGUGGCUGUAGUGGGAGGCUCGUACCCUGGAAUGUCCCCUAUGAUCAUCAUGAACAACUUCGUCUUGAAGCAGCCAUCCCCGAUAGCUCCCGCAGAUAAACAGUGGAGCUUUUCUUCUCCUCUGGAAGUGAUGCCCCAGUCGCAGGUGGUUCUUCUUCAACCCAUGGUAUCAAAUGGCAGGAACAGCUCUCCGAAGACCGGCUCUGAAAAUGUGCGACAGUCCAAAAGCUACAUGCCUAUCCUCAAGUCAUAUCCCAGAAUCGCCCCGCACCCCGCCGAUCCGCCCACCAAGAGGGGGGGCUCCCACAGGGUGAGGGCCGGAUACGACCAGCGACAGAGGAGACACCACCACGGCCACAGGCCCUACAGCUCCCCCGGCCCGCCGCCAGCGCUGCAGUCGCCAGCCCGAGCCCUGUCCGGCUUUGAAGCAGCAACCGACCCAACACAAGCAGCCGAGAGUCAAAAGCAGCAAGAGUCCCCCGGCAGGAGUCCCACCCCACCAGCAGGACCCAGCUCUCUGUCCGUAUACUCAGAUGAGUUCAGUAUCCUGACGGACGACAUCAUGCCCUCCGACAAGACCGAGGACGCCAUCUCCAUGCACAGUAACAAACUGAAGCGCUUCAGCAAUACCUACAACAUCCUCAACAAGUCUGGCUUGCUGGGCAUAACGAUGCGCACCAAGCAGCUGAUCAAGGAGAACAAGCGCACCCAGGGCCAGCUGCACCAGCUCCAGGAGCAAACGGCGCUGCUGCUGGAGGCCGUGAGCAGCGGGGACCCACAGCUCUGGACAAAGCUCCACCUCUCCCUGCAGGACACGGAUAAGGACCACUGGGCGGCCAAGGCUCAGACUGUCCAAGCGUAACAUGCAGGUGUACACAACCGGCAUCUUUCCGUGUGGUUACAGGAGAGUCAACCAGGAUGCGCUACUGAAUGUUGAAUGCUUGGGAAAGGGCACACAGCAAAUCCGUACGCUAGAACAGAUCUGCACUUUCACCCAGGUACAAGGGUGUGAAUUGUUCUAUACCCAAAGGUCGGGAAGCCUGAAACACCAAGCUGCCGGUUCGACAUGAAGAUGAAACACAGCCAGUGUCAGGACAUGGGAGUUUGGAAGCAUGCUUGUAUUUGCAGCCCUUGCCUAUAAUUUAUUUUUUUGCCUCUGCUGUUGCAAAUUAGCAAGUUUAACUUGCGAUAGGGCUACGGCUUCUGUAUGUCAAACGCCAUCCCCAUCUCUACCAUGCACCUUCAGAAAACAGGUCAAUAUAUUUGGUCUUUUUUAACAUUUAGCUCAAUAAAGCUAAAGUGAAAGGCCUU